GUAUGAAGUAUUUUUGCUGAGCCACACCCCCCUACCGCCACCCGCUCCUACACGUAAUGACGUAUUUUUGACGCCGCCACCCGCUCCCACACGUACAUGCUCGCCGCCGUCAUGGUUAUCAUGUUAUCAAUUACGCUUAUCAUUUUAUUGUACACGCACCAUAUUAUUGUACAUUUAUAUUCGAGUCAUCAUGCACAUGCGCAGAAGAACUAUUUUAUCAUAUUAUUGUACAUAUAUUUCAGUCACCAGUUACAUUAUCAACGUCUUUAAUAACGUUUUUCAUUAAAUAAUGCAAAAAAUAAUAAUAAUCUGGUGUUAGAAUCGAACCGGGAUAUGUACAAACGUAACCAAACAUAUAUUCCCCACUUCAACUCUAACUCCAUUGAUAAUUAUUGUUAAAACUGUUAUAUAUAAAGUAUUUUAUUGUAACAAAUAACGUCCUGGUCAAAUUAAAAAGCAUCGUCAGUAGAGAUAUGAAAUAUUCCAUUACAGACAUGCAUCGACAGGUCCGAGUAGAAAUAUGAGGAAUUUAUUUCAGUACAUCGAAAUGCAUCGACAUGUCCGAGCAGUCUAUUGUUAUUUACAUCUCUAUAGAUAUGUAUUUAAGCCCCGAAUUAUGAGUCACACGUCCAUCCUUUGUCAUUAAGGAAUGUACCCCUACCUAUUAUUGUCUGAAAUGCACAUAUGCUUGGCUCUACAAGAGCAGACAAUCAUUCAGUCUGUCCUCAGCCUUAUACUGUUUCUCACGUCUCAACCGUUCUCUCGCAGUUUUUUAUUUUUUUCAGUGUUAAAUAUUUUUAUAAGUGAUGGCUGGAUCAAUCGCUGACAACUCUGCCCUGUAUAAAAAGAAGACCUUUACUUAUGUGCCACCGACACCACCAGCUGAACUCAUCGAAUCUACUAGCUACACACUAGACUUUGCAUCCCGUAAGUUUGUACAUAUUGGUUUUGACCCGAGUGAAAAAUUACAAGUCGUUGUUCAUUUAUUAACUUCAUCGCGGUACGUGCAUAUUACUACAGAUUUUAUGAAAAAAAUAUUCGGGUUCAUGGGGCAUAUCUUGUCGUUCAUAUCAGACACACCACAAAAAUAUAAGCGAGUUAUAUUUUAUGAAGACGAAAAAAUGAAACUAUCGAGUAUGAUUUACAGCGGAGAAAAUGUGUUGGUGAUCGAAACAAAUAAUCGUGAUGGAUGUAGAGUACUGUUGAAUCGGGGCGACCUUCUUCGACUUCAAUAUCUCGAAUGUUCUAUUUUCGAGAGCAUCGUGCGAAAAGAAGUAUUCACCGCUCUAUUGAUUAUAAAACAAUAUGAAGAAAUUGUCGAGUACCUCGACAAGAAAUGUAGGCAGCAUAAAUCACCGCCGAAAACUGUUGACGAGAUGGUAGUUUUCAUUAAGAACAUACAAGACGAUCGAGUCGUUAAGUCCGUUCCAAAUUUCUACAAUCAAAUACAGAUGUGUGCAGCUGAACAGUUAGCUGAAUCAUUGUUACACCAGAACAUCUCGCAUGAGUAUUCCAAUGAAACGACGGUCAUUUCGCCAAUGUCGUCACCAACACCAAUGUCACCACCUACAUCGAUGUCAACACCACCACCGACAUCACCACCACCGAGUUUCACAAUGCAAUCGCCGAGCAGAGCAGUCGAUGAAAACGAUGGGCCGUUACAUUUCAACUCGCGAUCAUUAUCGAAAACGUACAACUUCGAUUCAGCCGUAUCGGAAAUGUAUUUUGUACCAAAACGUAAACUAUUUUAAUUUCAGAUAUGUAUUGUGUAAAA